AUGAAAAUUGGCUAUAUGUUUGAUGAAACUGUUGGAUUGUAUCAUUAUGGGCCUAAACAUCCUAUGAAACCAUUUAGAAUUAUGGUUACACAUUCACUUGUGAAAUCAAUGAAAUUGGAAAAUAAAAUUACAGUUCUUAAACCGCAAUUAGAAAAAUUAAAGUAUCACACAGAAUCGUAUUUUAAACAACUGGGAAAAAAUGAAACAUCAGAUUGUCCAGAUUUUUUUGGUUUACAAGAAUUUUGUCAUAAAUAUUAUAGUGCAUCAAUUAAUGCGGCACGAUACAUAAAUAAUAAGCAAUUUGAUGUAGUCAUAAACUGGGCGGGUGGACUACACCAUGCUCAUAAAAACGAGCCUAGCGGGUUUUGUUACGUUAAUGAUAUCGUAAUGGCUAUUUUAGAACUUCUUAAAUAUAAUGAAAAGGUUAUGUACAUAGACAUUGAUGUUCAUCAUGGCGAUGGAGUGGAAGACGCAUUUUUACUUAAUGAUAGGGUUUUGACAUUAUCAUUUCAUAAAUUUGGUAAUGGUUUCUUUCCUGAGACUGGAUCUUUAGUAACAAGCAAUUAUAAAGCAGUUAAUGUACCAUUGUUAAGUGGUAUAUCAGAUGAAGGAUAUCAAUACAUUUUUGAACCUAUUGUUGAUGAAUGCAUCAAAAAAUUUAAACCAAAUGUGAUUGUCAUGCAAUGUGGAGCAGAUUCUUUGGGUGCAGAUCGUCUGGGUGUUUUUAACUUGUCUGUUUAUGGACACGCUUCAUGUGUACGUUUAGUUAAAAAUUACAAUAUUUCACUUAUUGUUUUGGGUGGUGGAGGGUACACUCUUUGUAAUGUAGCACGUUGUUGGGCAUAUGAAACUGCUAUUUUAUGUGGAGAGGAGUUUUGUGAUGAUAUACCAGAAGAUAAUCAGUUUUAUUCUUAUUUUAGUCCAGAUUACAAAUUUAAUCCUAAGUUUAAAAAAAAAGUGGCGGAUAAGAACAGUAAAGAAUAUUUAGAUUGUAUAUCAGAAUUUAUAUGUGAAAGAAUAAAUAAAUUUUAA